CUGGCGUCGUCCACGUCCUCAUCGCCGCCGCCUGCGCGCGGCCGGGCCCUGCCUCCCACAGCAGUCCGGGCAGAGGCAGAGGGCGAAGCUAUGGAUGCCGAGCUGGCGGUCGCGCCGCCCGGCUGCUCGCACUUGAAUAGCUUCAAGGUGGACAACUGGAAGCAGAACCUGCGUGCCAUCUAUCAGUGCUUCGUAUGGAGCGGCACAGCCGAGGCCCGAAAGCGCAAGGCCAAGUCAUGCAUUUGUCAUGUUUGUGGUGUCCACUUGAACAGACUCCACUCCUGCCUCUACUGUGUCUUCUUUGGUUGUUUCACAAAGAAACAUAUCCAUGAACAUGCGAAGUCAAAACGACACAAUUUGGCCAUAGACCUCGUGCAUGGAGGGAUAUACUGCUUUUUGUGUCAGGACUACAUCUAUGACAAAGACAUGGAGAUAAUUGCCAAAGAGGAACAACAAAAAGCAUGGAAAAUGCAAGGUGCUGGGGAAAAGUUUUCCAUUUGGGAACCAACCAAACGGGAGCUUGAACUGCUGAAGCACAACCCAAAGAGGAGAAAGAUCACAUCCAACUGUACUAUUGGCCUGCGGGGGCUGAUCAACCUUGGGAACACGUGCUUCAUGAACUGUAUCGUCCAGGCACUCACCCACACGCCGCUCCUGCGAGACUUCUUCCUCUCUGACCGGCACAAGUGUGAGAUGCAGAGCCCUAGUUCCUGUCUGGUCUGCGAGAUGUCUUCACUCUUCCAAGAGUUUUACUCCGGGCACCGAUCCCCUCACAUCCCAUACAAGCUCCUACACCUUGUGUGGACCCAUGCCCGGCACCUGGCAGGCUAUGAACAGCAGGAUGCCCACGAAUUCCUCAUUGCGGCCCUGGAUGUCCUCCACAGACAUUGCAAAGGUGAUGAUAAUGGAAAGAAGGCCAACAACCCCAACCACUGCAAUUGCAUCAUUGACCAGAUCUUUACAGGUGGGCUGCAGUCGGACGUCACCUGCCAGGUCUGCCAUGGGGUCUCUACAACCAUCGACCCAUUCUGGGACAUUAGCUUGGAUCUACCCGGCUCUUCCACUCCCUUUUGGCCUCUCAGCCCAGGGAGUGAGGGCAGUAUGGUGAAUGGGGAAAGCCACACAUCAGGUACCACCACGCUUACGGAUUGCCUGCGGAGGUUUACUAGACCGGAGCACUUAGGGAGCAGUGCCAAAAUCAAGUGUAGUGGUUGCCAUAGCUACCAGGAAUCUACUAAACAGCUCACCAUGAAGAAAUUACCAAUCGUUGCCUGUUUCCAUCUUAAACGAUUUGAACACUCAGCCAAACUGAGAAGAAAAAUUACCACGUAUGUGUCUUUUCCCCUUGAACUGGACAUGACUCCCUUCAUGGCGUCAAGCAAAGAAAGCAGAAUGAAUGGACAGUACCAACAGCAAAUGGAUAAUAUGAACAAUGACAACAAAUACUCCUUGUUUGCAGUUGUUAACCAUCAAGGGACCCUAGAAAGUGGCCAUUACACCAGCUUCAUCCGGCAGCACAAGGACCAGUGGUUCAAGUGUGAUGAUGCCAUCAUUACCAAGGCCAGCAUCAAGGAUGUGCUAGACAGUGAGGGAUAUCUGCUGUUUUAUCACAAGCAGUUCCUGGAAUAUGAAUAG